UUUGACCUUCUGAUUACAUUUGUUCCAGAUACAAGUUAUGGUCGAUGACGCAACCAAAUCACAAUUAGCUCGUAUUCCUUUGCUAACAGUAAAAGCUGGUCCCCGAGACUCGGAACAGUGGCCUGCUCGUCUUAAGGAAGAAUACCAGUCUUUAAUUCAGUACGUAAAAAAUAGCAAAGAGGCAGAUAACGAUUGGUUCAGACUUGAGUCAAAUAGAGAAGGUACUAAAUGGUUCGGAAAAUGUUGGGUGUACGACAAUUUAGUGAAAUAUGAAUUUGAUAUCGAGUUUGACAUGCCUGUGGCAUAUCCAUCAACAGCUCCUGAAAUUGCAAUUCCUGAACUUGAUGGUAAAACGGCAAAAAUGUACAGAGGUGGAAAAAUUUGCUUAACGGAUCACUUUAAACCAUUAUGGGCACGCAAUGUUCCUAAAUUCGGAAUUGCUCAUGCUAUGGCGCUUGGGUUAGCCCCAUGGCUUGCUGUUGAAAUUCCAGAUCUGAUUCAAAAAGGAGCUAUUGUGUCUAAAAGCUAACUGGAAGAAGGAUGUACUAAAAUUAUUUAUUGAUGUAAAAUGGUGCGCUUUAUUUGGUGAAGUCACAGGUCCCGCUGAUGUAUGUAUUUUUUUUAUAAUGCGCUGUGUUACAUCAAAUUAUUGAAUAUAAUUCUGAUUAA